GUUUAUAACUUUUACAAUGUCUUCACCAUUACCACCACCACUACUACCCAUACCUAUACCACUGCCUACAGUGACAGCGAUAACAACCAAACAAAUUGUUGACCAGUUGUCCAGUGAACUCACGUGCGGUAUAUGUCUGGAAGUGGUCAACAUUAGCGAACCGGUAGUUACACAGUGUUGUCGCCGACUGUAUUGUCGUACAUGUAUUCAACAAUGGCUUACAGGCAAUACAGGUGGUGGUAGUGGUAAUGGUAGUGGCAAUGCUAGACGACAACAACCUUCUAGUAGAUGUCCAUUGGAUAGACUGCCGCUAACUGUCCAACAGUUACUGCGGCCACCGCUGGCCAUCACUAAUAUGCUAACAGUGCUAAACAAUUACAGAAAACAGCAACUAAUACAACAAACAAUCAUCGAUUGCCCCCAAAUGUUUGCUGCCAUACAUAUCAGUCAAGUGGUCGACAAUAUGGACAAUAUGACUAAACAAUCGUUAAAAUGUUGUGCAAAUAAAAGCCAUUUGCUGGUCAACGGCUCGAAAGAGGCCACUUGUUGUGGUUCACGUAUUUGCUAUUCUUGUUGGUCACUGGCCGACACCGGAUCUAACUGUCCUUCAUGUAAGGCUACUUCUAACGGUUGGCGUGACAUACAUCCCGGUCUGCUAGCAAUUGCAGAGAAACUAAGGAUCCGGUGCGCAAACUAUACUGACGACAACAACAGCACCUGUAAUCAAGUGAUAAAAGUCAAAGAUUUAGCUAAACAUUUCACAGACGUUUGUCCGCCGGCUUUACAGCAACAACAACAACGACCCGAUUAUGUAUGUCGUGAAUGUUCCGCCAAAAUCACUGGCAAUACUUUAGUCGGUAGCACUGCUAAUGUUGGGCACAGUUGCCUGAAAUUGCUAAAUGCAAAGGUUGGCCAACUAUUUGCAUAUCAAAUCAGACUGACUGAUGGCGUCAAUACUGUAGCCAAUAAUAUCAACAAAUUGGUUGAGAUUUUGAAUAACAUACCUGAGCUCGGCUCACAUAUUCGCGGUAUGGAUGAAAUAGUUUUGUCGGAAAAUUUAGUUGUCACUACCGAUGAUGAUGAUGACGGCGCCGACGACUCUACUAAUGGUGGGACUACCGCUUCCGGCCAGUCCUUUGACACAACUAGUGUCACAACAUUUAACUAAAGUUAUUGGAAGUUAUAGCGAAAAAACGGCCAUUUAAUAGUGGGUUAGUUGUAAUUUAUUAAUUAAAUUUGGAUACGAUUUUAUAGUUGGU